ACUUAAAAACGUGGGUUCUUGUAUAUGCUAUAUUUAGUUAACCUCAGCACUUGGCCGCAUGGUGCAGCAUCUCUACUCUGAAACUACGAGCGUGAACGCUCUCGUCUUUUUCCUAACUGGAUAGUGCUGUAACUUAUGGGCGAUGGAAUCCAUGGACGUUGUGUUUUAAAUAUGAACAAUCUUGCAUACACCGAUUUGUUAACCAUGAAUUCUUCUAGAGUAUCUGGAGACACAGGCUUUAGUGAAUUAUUGCGAUCAGCAGAAAGAUUAUCUGCUGCUGUAGAAAGCAAUGAAGAACUUCCUCAAGUUGAGAGAAAUCUUCGUCAAAUUUUAGAGGCUUCCAACGAACUCUGGUCUCGUGUCACACAGACCGGCACUCAAGAUAAUCAAGUACAGGCGCAUCUCUUGCUUGGCUCACGCGGUGUUGAUUUACCUCAGAUUUCACAGAAAUUAAGUUCACUUAGUGCAAGACGUACAUUUGAACCUUUAGAUCCUAUUGCAGAUACAGAUAUAGUUAGUUACCUUAGGAAUGAGAAAGAAAAUGCUAUAUUGUCAAUCAUUGAACAAGUCCAUAAAGAUACUUUUGAACUUACUAGAGUUCAACAAAUGGAACAUAUGCUAGGUGAAUGGAAACAAAUGCGGUUUGAGAUAAUAAAUGCCAUGACAGCUCCGUCUGGGGAGCUUGUAGAUUUACGUGGUACUCCACAACGUACUAAAUUAGCUGGUUCCAUGAUUAGUGGCUUAUCUGAUAUAGAAGUAGCUUAUGUGAAACAGUUACAAAACUAUAAUGAUCAUGUGCUUAGGGGAAUAACUAAACCUAACUUGUUUAAUGCGUUUUGCGAAGCUGCAAACUCGUUUAAUGAUAAAAAAAUUGUGGAUCUUUGGAAAAUGGUUAAGCGUAUGGUAGACAUUCGACCAAUUCCCAGAGAAGAUCAAAUCAAAUCAAGAAGUACAGCUAUUGUUGAACAAGAAAUUGUGUUACAUGCAAGAAAGUACUUAGAAGAUAGAUAUAAGGAAUUUAUGAACUCUGUUAUUAAUGAAAACCCUGCUCAAGCUAAAAGGGGUGGCAUUCCAGGCACUGUGCCAUUAGUUAAAAGUUUUGUUAGUGUUAAAGUACAAAAUCUGAAAGAUUUAGAAGAUGUUAUGGUUGAAGAUAAACCAUUAUGGCCUUUAGUUUAUUAUUGUAUGAGGGUUGGUGAUUACAAAGCUGCAUUACAAUGUCUUAAUCAAUACAACACAAAAUUUCCAGAAUUCAGAGUUGCCUUGGAAGAAGCUUGUAAUGAUCCCCAAAGACGUCCUAGUAGUUCUGCAGAAUCAAAUUUAAAAUUGCAGUAUAGAAAACAUGUUAGAUCAGUUACUGAUCCAUACAAAAGAGUUGCAUAUUGUGCAUUGGUUCCUUGUGAACCUGAUGACCUGCACUCUGAUGUAAUUUGUACAGCUGAUGAUUAUUUGUGGUUGAAACUGUGCCAAGUUAGAGAUCAAUCGGAUGCAGAAAAUAAAUUGACUUUGGAUUAUUUACAAACUACGAUAUCAGAAAUUUAUGGAGAGUCAUAUUAUCAUGCUCAUGAACAACCGUUUGUAUAUUUUUCAAUGUUAUUUUUGACUGGUCAAUUUGAGGCUGCGAUUGAAUUUCUGGCAAGAGGAGCGGGAGCAAGGCAUUUACCACAUGCUGUACAUUUAGCAGCUGCUAUGCAUGAACAUAACUUGUUAGGAGUAAGCCAAAGUGUUCUAGCACCUUUAAUAAGUGUUGACCCUGCUGAUAAGACUCCUGCUAAAAGAUUAAAUUUUGCCAGAUUAAUAUUAUUGUACGUCAAACGAUUUGAUUCCACAGAUCCAAAGGAAUGUUUACAUUAUCUAUUCUUAUUAAGAUCUAUGAAAGAUCCACAUGAUCGUAACAUGUUUGCUGCAUCAGCUGCAGAAAUGGUAGUUGAUACUUCUCCAGCAGUCAGAACUCAGUUAAUUGGAAAGAUAGUAGAAGAUCGUUGGAUACCAGGGAUUUUAGAUCAAUUUCAAAUUAAUACAGAAGAUGUUAUAAACAUAAGCGCUGAUACAUUAUACAGAAAAGGUCUUUUAGAAGAUGCAGUAACAGUGUACGAUCUUGCUCGCAAUCACGAGAAAGUUCUUAGUUUAAUGUGUACGCUCUUGGCGCAAAUUGUUAAUCAAAAAACUUCGCCGGGAUCACUCAGAUCUCGAUUGCAGGUGACUGCUACAGAGAUAAGCAGAAGGUAUCAAAACAUUGAAAUACAAGCACCAUCCGAAUUAGUAUCUGCAUUUUAUACUUUAAAGCACUUAAUGGUGUUCUUUGAUCAAUUUCAUAAUGAACAAUAUCAAAGUGCGCUUAGGACUAUUGCAGAGGCGAAAUUGUUACCAUUGCAUAUCAAAGAAGUCGAUGAAAGAGUAAACGCGAUACGACGUGUACCACCUGAAGUAGCUGGUACGUUAGCCGACGUCCUUUUAGCUACAAUGACAAUACUUUACCGUCAAUAUCAGAAAUUACGAUCAAUGGAACCAGGUGAUGAAGAAGCAAGGAAACAGCAACUUCUUGAUCUUCGGGAACAAGCGCGAGCUUUAACUAGUUUCGCAGGAACACUUCCAUAUCGUAUGCCAAAUGAAACGAAUAGCAAACUUGUACAAAUGGAGAUCCUUAUGUGCUGAAUCAAACGUGUUAUAUUUGUUGUUUUAUUUUCGAUACAGUACUUUAAGUAAAUACGACAGAUAUAUUUGUGCGAAUACUGGAUUUUCGAAGCACAAAAACGAUCAAUGUACUGAAUACACAAUUCUUCUAUUUCUUAUAGAAUUUAUGAAUACAAUGUAUAUAUCUUUUUGUACUUCGUUAAACAAUAAUUAGAAAUAGGAUAAAUGUACUGACUUUUAAAAAUAACAAUUGAACAUAAGAAAUACAA